AUGGAUCAUGCAAGAAAAAUUGGUAAAAAAAAACCAACAUCAAUUUGGGACAUAAAAAAUGAGCCACCACCCUUGGCAACUGAUGUUUAUCAAAAAAUUGGACCAAAAUCACCAGACUACAUUGAGGAUAAACGGUUAACAAAUUGGAAAAAAUGGUUAGAAAUAAAUAAAAAAACAAAAAAACAUUUACAAUCAUUAACAAAUCGUAAAAAUGAAGAUUUAGUUUUAAAUUCAUAUGAAAAUUAUCGUAAAAAAAUUGAAAAACAAUGUUUAAUUGAAACUGCAUCAUCUCCAUUGGAUUUAGAAAAAUCUACAAAAAUUGGAGCAACAAGAAAAAAAGAAUUGAUUAAAAAUAUAAAAAUAUUACAAUCAAAAGAACCAGAAAUAAAUGAAUUAAUUAUAAAAGGUACAGCAAUUAAAAAUAUUAAAAAUAGAAAAACAAAAUUUUUACGAAUUCCAGUUAUCACGAUUACAACAGCUGAAGAAUUUGAAGAUAAUAUUUUAAAUACUAAAAAUUUAGAUGAAGAUAAUGCCUUGAUAUUAAAAAUAUUUGAUAAAGAAAUUAUUUUUGAUGAAUUAUCAUCACCAAAAAAUAAUGAAAACCCAUUAAUUUUCAAUAUGACAUUUGUAUCGAAUAUUUUUGAUGAAAUUGAACAAACUAUUCAAUUGGAAAACAAAGGUGUCUAUGCAAUAAAAUAUGAUCUAUAUAAAUCUUGCAAAAAAUCAAAAUUAAUAUCACCAUUGACUAAAUCAAUAAAUUGUUUUUUUAUAAAAAAAAAUUGUGAUAUAAUAUUGCCAGGUCAAAUAGUUUAUAUUCCAGUUUUAUUCAUUGCAAAAUCCCCAGGAGCUUUUAUUGAAUACUGGACAUUUAAUACGGAUCCAUCGAUAAGCCCCAUUGAAUUCAAGUUUCAGGGAUUUUGUAAUGCAGUAAAAGAAAUAUAUGUAAAAAACUAUGACAAAAAUCAUCCUAGGUCAAUUGAUGAAUAUUUAAAUCUUCAAAUUCGUGAUAAAAAUAUACACGAUGUUAUUGAAAUGCUCAUGAAUAAUGUUAUACAAUAUAAAGAAUUUAAUAAUAAAAAUCCAUUAUUAUUUUAUUAUCCAAGGGUUGUUAAAGAACUCGAAAAAAUUUAUAAUGAUGUAAGGGUAAAUAAAUUACCAUGGAAUUUAUCAUUAAAUGAACUACGACAACUUUUAUAUAAAAUAAAUGAUCCAAGUAAAAAAUACAAUAUGUUAAUUAAAUUUCGUAAAUAUCAUCUUUUGAAGAAUUAA